UUGUGGCACAUGGGCUCAGUAGUUGCAGCUCAUGGGCUCUAGAGCACAGGCUCAGUAGUUGUGGUGCAUGGGCUUAGUUACUCUGUGGCAUGUGGGUUCUUCCCGGCCCAGGGAUCAGACCCAUGUCUCCUGCAUUGACAGGUGGAUUCUCAACCACUGUGCUACCAGGGAGGUUCCCAGAUUGGUUUUUUCCACUCAUUGUUAUUCCCUAGAGAUUCAUCCAAGUUGUUUAUAUCAAUAGUUUGCUCCUUUUUAAUGCUAAAAAGUGCUCCGUGUAUGGAUGCAGUGCAGUUUAACUGUUCACCCACUGAAGGACAUCUGACAUGUUUCCAGUUUUUUACUAUUAUGUAUAAAACUGCUAUGAACAUUCAUGUACAGAUUUGCGCACAAACACAUACAAUUUUGCACAAUAUGAUAAAAGAUUUCCUGAAGCUCAUUCUGGGGAGCAUGAACCCCAGGUUUGAAACUCCAGAUAUUCGGAAGAACUAGAUGAGGGCGAGUGAGGAUUCUCGGGGAGAGUAUAAGAGGAAGAAGAGAGUCAGAUGGAAGGAACCCUUCAAAAUAGAAACGGGAUGGACAGGAGAAGAGAGUAAAGGAGGCUGGGAAAGAGCAAGCAGAAAGGUGGGAGAAGAUCCAGGGAGGGUGGCAUCCUGGAGCCCAAGAAAGGGGUAUUUCAAGAAGGAAUGUCUGAUACUGCCGGGUGGUCUUUGGUGGUUCUGGUGGAAUGAUGGGGGCUUGAACCCCACUGGAGUGGGUGGAGGAGGAUUGGGAGGUGGGCAGAGGAGAUGGAGGGCGUAGACAACUCUCAUUGGUUGCUCGAUGUUGAAAGGAGGAAAUAUGAGAACAUGCGUUUGGGAGGCCAUUCUAGAGAGACCCAAGUGCGUAUAGCCACUGAUGGGAAGGAGAGGUUGUGGGCACAGUGUGAGAUGGGCCAGUUGGUGGAGAGCGGUAUCUGAAGGAGCAGGAGGAGAUGGAGAGAAGGGCUGGCCUUAGUGGCACACAGCCUGCGUUGUGACAGGGGAAAGUAUGAAUUCAGUUUGGUUGCAGAGCUAAUGGUUCUAAUUGCCUUUCAGUUAGAAGCUGAUGCAGGUGUCCAGGUAAGAGCUGAGAAGUUGGCUGGGAGGACAGAGAGGAGGAGACACCCUCUGGGUUAAUGGGAGGGAGGCAUUGUGCCUUGGUGGCCACUUAGAUGUGAGGAGGCCUGUCCUCCAGCCGGUGACAUGGAUGGAUAGUGUGCUGCUGAGAACCUCAACAGUGACAGCUGAUUGGAAAACAUGGACAUAGUCAGCUUCUCAAGAGUCCCCCCCGACCGCAAAUCCAGAUUAUGCUGUUUAUUGAUGAACUGAAAAAAUAAGCACACAUUGGAAAACAAGAGAAGCCCAAGAAUGGACAAUCAGACUGUCCUGGCCGUCCAGUCGUUGUUGGAUGGCCAAGGAGCAGUUCCUGAUCCAACAGGCCAGAGCGUCAGUGCACCCCCUGCCAUCCAGCCCCUGGAUGAUGAGGAUGUCUUUCUCUGUGGGAAGUGUAAGAAGCAGUUCAACUCGCUGCCGGCGUUUAUGACCCACAAGCGGGAACAAUGCCAGGGGAGUGCCCCGCCCCUGGCCACAGUCUCACUGGCCACCAACAGCAUCUACACACCUUCAGCAGCACCCACGGCAGUUCAGCAGGCCCCGCCUCCUGCCAAUCGCCAGAUCUCCACGUACAUUACCGUGCCCCCAUCUCCGCUGAUCCAGACCCUGGUGCAGGGGAACAUCUUGGUAAGCGAUGACGUGCUCAUGUCCGCCAUGUCGGCCUUCACAUCCCUGGACCAGCCCAUGCCCCAGGGCCCCCCGCCUGUGCAGAGUAGCCUGAAUAUGCAUUCUGCACCGAGCUACCUCACCCAGCCUCCACCUCCUCCUCCACCCCCUCCACCACUGCCCCCACCCCCACCCCCCCAGCCUCCCCCACCCCCACCCCAGAGCCUGGGCGCCCCCGGGCGUCCCAACCCUGGCGGGAAUGGCGUAGUGGAGGUGUACAGUGCCACGGCACCACUGACUGGGAGUGGAACAGUCGAGAUCCAGGCAUUGGGAAUGCAGCCCUACCCACCCCUGGAGGUGCCGAACCAGUGUGUGGAGGCUCCAGUGUACCCCACCCCCCAGGUGUAUAGCCCUGGCAAACAAGGAUUCAAACCGAAAGGACCAAACCCUGCUGCCCCCAUGACCAGUGCCACCGGGGGCACAGUGGCCACCUUUGACUCCCCACCAUCGCUGAAGACCCGACGGACCAAAGGUUCCAGUGGACUCCCAGAAGCUGCAGGGAAGCCAAAGGCUCAGAAACUCAAGUGCUCAUAUUGUGACAAAUCAUUCACCAAAAACUUCGACCUGCAGCAGCACAUCCGAAGCCACACUGGUGAGAAGCCCUUCCAGUGCAUUGCAUGUGGCCGUGCCUUUGCCCAGAAAUCUAACGUCAAGAAACACAUGCAGACCCACAAGGUGUGGCCUCCAGGACGCAGCGGUGGCACCAUCUCUCGCAACUCUGUGACUGUACAGGUCAUGGCUCUGAACCCCGGCAGGCAGGAGGAUGAGGAUAGCACAGGGUUGGGCCAGACCCUGUCGAGCGCCCCGCAGCCCCAGGCCUUGCCCACAGCAGGCGAGGAGGAGGGGGACAAGCUGGAGGCCAAGCAGGUGGUCCUCAUCGAUAGCUCCUACCUGUGCCAGCUCUGCCCCAGCAAGUUCAGCACCUACUUCCAGCUCAAGUCCCACAUGACCCAGCAUAAGAACGAGCAGGUGUACAAGUGUGUGGUCAAAAGCUGUGCGCAGACAUUCCCGAAGCUCGACACGUUUCUGGAGCACAUCAAGAGCCACCAGGAGGAGCUGAGCUACCGCUGUCACCUCUGUGGCAAGGACUUCCCCUCGCUGUACGAUCUGGGUGUGCAUCAGUACUCACACAGCCUCCUGCCCCAGCACAGCCCCAAGAAGGACAGCGCUGUCUACAAGUGUGUCAAAUGCGUCAACAAGUACUCCACCCCCGAGGCUCUGGAGCACCACCUGCAGACCGCCACUCACAACUUCCCCUGCCCACACUGCCAAAAGGUGUUUCCUUGUGAGCGCUACCUGCGGCGCCACCUGCCCACCCACGGCAGCGGGGGCAGGUUCAAGUGCCAGGUGUGCAAGAAGUUCUUCCGGCGGGAGCAUUACCUCAAACUGCACGCUCACAUCCACUCAGGUGAGAAGCCCUACCAAUGCUCAGUGUGUGAGUCCGCGUUCAACCGCAAGGACAAACUGAAGAGACACAUGUUGAUCCAUGAGCCAUUCAAGAAAUACAAAUGCCCCUUCUCGACACACACGGGCUGCAGUAAGGAGUUCAACCGGCCAGACAAGCUGAAGGCUCACAUCCUCUCCCACUCCGGCAUGAAGCUCCACAAGUGCGCCCUGUGCAGCAAGUCCUUCAGCCGCCGUGCCCACCUCGCAGAGCACCAGCGUGCCCACACGGGCAACUAUAAGUUCCGCUGUGCUGGCUGCGCCAAGGGCUUUUCCCGCCACAAAUACCUCAAGGACCACCGCUGCCGCCUCGGCCCCCAAAAGGACAAGGACCUGCAAGCCCGGCGGCCUCCCAGGAGGAGGGCAACCCCCCGCAGUGGCGGCAGUGGUGGGCGCAAGGUGGUGACCCCCCUGCCCGACCCACUGGGGCUGGAGGAGCUGAAGGACACAGGGGCUGGGCCAGUGCCCGAGGCCGCCCCAGGCAAGCCACCCUUCUCGGAGCCGGAUGCUGUGCUGUCCAUCGUAGUAGGGGGGACAGUGGGGGGCGAACCUGAGCUGGUAGUGCCUGGGCAUGCCGAGGGCCUGGGCUCCAACCUGGCACUGGCAGAGCUGCAGGCAGGGGCUGAGGGCCCAUGUGCCAUGCUCGCAGUGCCCGUCUACAUCCAGGCCUCGGAGUGAUGGAUCCAUGGUGUUUGAUCCUGCAUCCUGCCUGAUGCUCACCUUUGGGUCCAGGGCCUCUGGGAACAGACUAGAGAUCCUUCCCAAUGGAAGUGAGUCAUUGGUCAAAAUCCUUUUGGAACGUCAUCUGCAAACCCUGGCCCGAGGCUGUUUUGCUGUGUUCCCUCUUCUGCUGGGAAGCCCUACAGCAUUCUGGGAUCUGAGGCAGCUGAGCCUGAGUGGCCCCAGGUCCGGCUGGUCCAGGCUGGUGGUCAGGCUGCUUAAGAGAAGACAGGGCAGUCCCACCCACCACUGCUCUAGGCUGCCUAGGGGCAGCCUCUAGUCAGGCUGCUCUUAAAGAGGCCUGUUAUGGUUGGAGCCCUUACCUGUUGAACCUUUUCACGUGGAGCUCCUCCCAGCAUCCCUGGAUGACUCUGUGAUGUAGGCAUGUAGGAGACACUCGAGUGUUGUGGUUAGAGUGCAGCUGUCAGCCAGAUCUGGCUUCAAAUCCAAGCGCUGACACUUACUUAUUGUGUGACCUUGGGUAAGUCACUUCAUCUCUCUGAGCCCUGCAUUCCUCAUCUGUACAAUGGGGCUUAUGACAGUACUACCUCAUAGGGCUGUCAUGGGGAUCCAGUAUGAUAAAACGUGCAGAGAGUUUGACAAAGAGUUUGGCAUAGCGCCCAGCAGAAAGUGCUCAAUAAAUGUUUUUAUC